AUGGUGCUACUUAAAAAAGGGAAUAAAUGUUUUGAACAAAAGAAAAAUGAAAUAGAAAAGGAAGGUACACUUACUGAAGUUCAAGAAGCGAAGGAGAAAGCCAUAAAAACACACAAGAAAGUCUGUAAUGAUAGAGCUAUUCAAGUCAUUUCAAAUUCAUCUUGGCGGUAUAACACAAUAAAAAGUGCCAUAACAAACAAUGACUGGCAAAAUUAUGAAAGUAACUUAAACUUUGUUCGUAUGAAUUUGGAUCAGCCUUUAGUUAAAGAGACCAACGUGACGAUUCUUUCAUUGAAAGAUGAAAUUUUAAGAAUCAAUCCCAAUCUAGCCGAGUUUGUGAAUUUUUAUUACACAACAAAUCACGAUGAAACGAUUGAGAAACUAAAGAAAGAAUCUGAUUUUGUUAAAGAAAACACCGAACUUGAACGAAAAAUUGGGUUUUUGAUUAGAGCAAAUACCUAUUAUGAAAGUCUUGAUGAAGAUCUUCAAAACAUAAAAACCUUUAUUGAAACACACCAAGAACAAUACACUAAAAAGGGUAUUAAUUUUGAAGAAAACAUUAAAACGUGUGAGUCGAAUAUUAACACUAUAUUGGCUAUGAAAGUGUUCAGUUCAGUGUUUUAUGGUGUGAGAGGAAAAAUAGACACACUCAGACGUAAUUUGGACAACAAAGAGAGUAACCUUGAAAACGAUUUGAAGUCAAUUGAAGACGAUUUAAAUCGCGUUGUUGUAAGUUCACAUCCAAAUUCUAGUUUGUUAAUAAUGAGAAGUGAAAUAGAAGAAACAGAACCACAGUUUAAAAGAUAUUAUCAAAUGUAUGAAGAAAUUAAAAAAGAAAUGCAAGAAAAUAAAAUGGUGGAAGUUUCUAUGAAACAACAACCAAAUGUGGGUACUCCACAAGUCAAUUACAGUCAACCACAAAAAGUUGUGCAAAUGCCCACGGUUAUACCACAAAAGCCAUUUGUUCAACAAAGUAAGCCAGUCAUUCAAAAUACUCAACACACAGUACAAGCAACUCAAACAAAUGUUCAAUCAAUUAAUAAACAAAGUGAUUUAUCAAAGCAAAGUGCUCAACAAAGAGUAAUACAAACAACACAAACAACUGAAAUAAAAUCAGAAGAUGUGAAUAAAGUUACUCAGUUGAGAACUCAAAUUAAAAAGUUGGUCGAACAGAUCACCACAAAUAUUGAUAAAAUCAAAUCACAAAACAAAUGCUCAAAUGUUACUCAACAAGAGUAUCAAGACAUUCCUCAGCUCCUUCUAAAAGUCUCACUAAAACUAGACGAAGUGAACAAAAUAGAAAAAACAACUGCAGACCAAAACGUCAAAGUAAUUUGUAGUUCAAUUAAGACCGAAGAUUUGAAAAGCAUUCAAAGUGAUUUAGACGAAGUCCGUAGUGGAAAAUUGAACGACUAA